AUGGUUUUAGCAAUGGAGGGUAGAUUAUCACCAGAAAUUCCUGGGCUUAUUCAACCCGGAAAUGUCACACAAGAUUUGAAGAUGAUGGUUUGUAAAUUGCUAAAUUCUCCUAGGCCUACAAAAACGUUCCCAGGUUCUCAGCCUGUUUCCUUUCAACACUCUGAUGUAGAAGAGAAGCUAUUUGCUCAUGAUUAUUACGUUUGUGAGAAAACAGAUGGUCUGCGUGUAUUGAUGUUUAUAGUUAUAAAUCCUGUGACGGGGGAGCAAGGAUGCUUCAUGAUUGAUAGGGAAAAUAACUAUUACCUGGUCAAUGGAUUCAGGUUUCCCAGGUUACCUCAGAAGAAGAAAGAAGAACUAUUGGAAACUUUGCAAGACGGGACCCUAUUAGAUGGGGAACUGGUUAUUCAAACUAAUCCUAUGACAAAAUUACAAGAGUUGCGUUAUUUGAUGUUUGAUUGUCUUGCUAUAAAUGGUAGAUGCCUUACACAAUCACCUACAAGUUCAAGAUUAGCUCACUUAGGAAAAGAGUUUUUUAAACCAUAUUUUGAUCUCAGAGCAGCAUACCCUAAUCGUUGUACCACUUUUCCGUUCAAAAUUUCCAUGAAGCAUAUGGAUUUUAGUUACCAACUGGUGAAAGUUGCCAAAAGCUUAGACAAGUUACCACAUCUUUCUGAUGGUCUUAUAUUUACCCCCGUAAAAGCGCCAUACACUGCUGGUGGAAAAGAUUCACUGUUAUUAAAAUGGAAACCAGAACAAGAAAAUACUGUGGAUUUCAAAUUAAUAUUGGAUAUUCCAAUGGUGGAGGACCCUUCUUUAUCCAAAGAUGAUCGAAACAGAUGGUACUAUAAUUAUGACGUUAAGCCAGUCUUCAGUUUAUACGUUUGGCAAGGUGGGGCGGAUGUAAAUUCACGUUUAAAGCAUUUUGAUCAGCCGUUUGAUAGGAAAGAAUUUGAAAUUUUAGAAAGGACGUACAGGAAAUUCGCAGAACUGAGUGUCUCCGAUGAAGAAUGGCAAGAAUUGAAGAAUUUAGAACAGCCACUGAAUGGUAGAAUAGUAGAGUGUGCUAAAAAUCAAGAGACCGGGGCGUGGGUAAUGUUGAGAUUCAGAGAUGAUAAGUUGAAUGGUAAUCAUACAUCGGUGGUUCAAAAAGUCUUGGAAAGUAUAAAUGAUUCCGUUUCGCUGGAGGACCUUGGGGAGAUUGUUAGUGAGAUUAAGAGACGUUGGGACGAGAGAAGAGCAAAUGCUGUUGGUGGCGGUGCGCUAUCACUACCGGUCCAAAAUAACAAUGCUACGUUACCUGCCUUUAAGCCAGUUCAACCACCACCUUCAACGAGUAAUAGCGAGCCAAAAUAUGUAGAUGAGGAUGAUUGGUCGGAUUAA